AUGUGCGGACUGCAAAGCUUACGGUCCAAACUGGGCGUCAUGGAACCUGGGAAUUCUCGUUUGCCAAACCUGUUCCGGAGUGCAUCGUCACCUCGGGGUGCACAUCUCGAAGGUGAAGUCCGCUACAAUGGACAAGUGGAAGGAAGACCAGACUAUCCCGUGCCUCACCAUCGGCAACGAGCGCUCCAACGCUUAUUACGAGUACAAUGUGCCAGACGGUGCCAAGUACGUGUGCAAGUCGCAAGCUGCCGCAGGCGACAAGAUCGACCCUGUGGAGGCGCGGAAAAUGGAGCGCUGGAUUCGUGCAAAGUACGAGACCAAAAAGUAUGCGCAGCCCGGGGUGGAUCCGCCCCAUGUGCGUCUGGCUCGAGGCAAGGAGCCAAGUUGCAGUGGGCUUUGCGCAUUUUUGUUCUUCCACUUCCUCAUAGCAGUUGUUGGCUGUCUUCUUCUUCUUCAUUCCUCAACCGCUCUGGCCAAUACAAACUUGUAAGUGUCUUUGUAGGACUCAUGUUUAUUUUUACCAAUAUUACUAUUACUACUAUUAUUAGUUGGGGGCUUCGGAUUGGCGUGCUUUUCAGGUGA